AUGAAACCCCAGUUCAUGGAGAUAUUUGUAAGUUGCAUGCAGAUAUUUACAUAGGAACAUCCAACUAAAACAUCAGCCAAUCAGUCCACUAAAGGCAAAAGCUGUUUGAGUACCUGCAAUGUGUUGGAAAUUGGGGCAAGGAAGCGGGAGAUAAAAGAUGAAUGAGACGUGGGUGCUGCCUGGAGGAUGUCACAAGAGCUGGUGAUGCUGCUGGAGUGGUGGUCGGGCACGGAGUGCAUCAUCCACACAGACCCCCGGGCGUACCCCAAGUAUGGAAAGGAGAAUGCCAUCGUGGUUCUGAACCACAAGUUUGAGAUUGACUUUCUCUGUGGUUGGAGCCUGGCCGAACGCUUUGGGGUUUUAGGGGGCUCCAAAGUCCUGGCCAAGAAGGAGCUGGCCUACGUCCCCAUAAUCGGCUGGAUGUGGUACUUCACGGAGAUGGUCUUCUGCACGCGCAAGUGGGAGCAAGACCGCAAGACCGUCUCGCAGAGCUUGCUGCACCUCCGGGAUUACCCAGAGAAGUAUUUUUUCCUGAUUCACUGUGAGGGCACCCGCUUCACAGAGAAGAAGCACCAGAUCAGCAUGCAGGUGGCUCAGGCCAAGGGGCUGCCCAGCCUCAAGUACCACCUGCUGCCGCGCACUAAGGGCUUCGCCGUCACCGUGAGGAGUUUGAGAAAUGUAGUUUCAGCUGUAUAUGACUGUACACUCAAUUUCAGAAAUAAUGAAAAUCCAACACUGCUGGGAGUCCUAAAUGGAAAGAAAUAUCACGCAGAUUUAUAUGUUAGGCGGAUUCCUCUAGAAGAAGUCCCGGAAGAUGAGGACAAGUGUUCAGCCUGGCUCCACAAACUCUACCAGGAGAAGGAUGCCUUCCAGGAGGAGUACUACAGGACAGGCACCUUCCCGGAAACGCCCAUGGUGCCCCCACGGCGGCCCUGGACACUCGUGAACUGGUUGUUCUGGGCCUCGCUGCUUCUCUACCCUUUCUUCCGGUUCCUGGUCACCAUGAUCAGCAGCGGGUCUUCCCUGACACUGGCCAGCUUCGUCCUCGUCUUCUUUGUGGCUUCCAUGGGAGUUCGAUGGAUGAUCGGCGUGACAGAAAUAGACAAGGGCUCAGCCUACGGCAACAUCGACAGCAAGCAGAAACAGAACGACUGACUCAGGACAUGUUGCCAUCCAAAGGGGACCUUGGGAACUGGUGGACGCUGCCUUUCAUCCUUGGUGAGACCCAGUGACGAAGCUGGGUGAGCCCCUGCUGGGAAGGCAGGGAGUCUGGUCUCAACGCCGAAUGGGGAGGAAGAUGUGCUUAAAUCUUUUCCCCC